AUGACGGAUAAUGUCAAUAUCGCGAAACGAGACGAUAUCGAGAGUCAAGUCGGUGUCGAGAUUCAAGUCAAUGAGACUUUGGCCAAUCAAGAAGAAAUCAAGCGUGCCAUUCAACGUGGUUUAGUUGAAACGGCAAAGAUAACAAAUGCAUGGGUUAUGACAAAUGGCAUAAAUCACGCUAUGAAUCGCUUAAUAGGAAAAGGGCUGCGUACUGACGUCUCUGAAGAUGAUAUUCCUUGUAUUGGCUUGUGCACCUGGCCGUGUUCACAAGGUCACUGUCAACUACAAAAGAAGGAAAUAAAAUUGGCUCAUUCUACACAGAGCAGUGACGAAGCGCACGAUCCUGAGAUGGGACGUGCUAAGCAUGAUAAUAAAAGACAAGAAUCUUUAUCCUGGUUUGCUAAAAAAAUUCGACAAAUUUCCAAGACCAGUACAACUACUAAUUCGAUACCUUUAGUAAUUAUCAUCAAAUAA